AUGGCUUCCGGCGGGCUCCAUUCGCUCGCCACGAUCAUCAAGAGGCUCGAAGCAACGACAUCCCGGCUCGAAGACCUCGCGUCCCUUGCGACGUCCUACCUCCCACCGUCGGCGCAGGCCGCUGCUGCCGCCGCCGCCGCGUCUCCGUCGUCCGCCAAUGCCGAACCGACGCCCGUCCCGCCGCCUGCCGCGCCCGCGACAGCCUCAGCGACGCCGCAGAGCAUCGUCGCCUUCGACGAGCGGGUCAUCGGUGGCAAGCUGAAGCCGUUCCUCGUGCUCACGAAGGAGUUCGCCCCGCCGCUCGUCAACGAACAGGUGCGCCUGUACGAGGCCGAGCUGAUGGAAAUGCGGAACAUGGUGGUCCUCUUCGAGGCGUGCACGAAGCCGGACGCGGCACUGCUGGCCCAGAUCUUGACGCCGCUCGACAAGGCGUCGACGCCGUCGCUCGGAGAUUGGGCGGACCAUCUGAAGAUGAUCACUGCUGCUGCGCCAAGUGCGGGAUGGGUCACCCAGACGAAGGACGCGUACAAGGUAGUCCAAGACGCGAAGGAGCAGACGCAGUAUUACGGGAACCCGAUCAUCAUGAAAUUGAAAGAGAAUUGGGUACAGGACUUCUUCCCCUCUGGUCCAACAUGGAACGCCAAAGGUGUCUCAGUUGACCAGUUCAAAGCCGGCCCCUGCUCCCGCUGCGUCUGGGGAGCCGUUUCCGAUGUUUUCAACCAGAUCAACAAGGGUGCAGAUAUCACGAAGGGCUUGCGAAAAGUCGAUAAGAGCGAAAUGACUCACAAGAACCCGGCUCUGAGAGCAGGAAGCACUGUUCCUGCCUCCACGCCCUCUUCCUCUGGUGAGAGCGCGCCCAAGCGUCCUGUGAAGCCCACCAAACCACAGGCCUUGUCGAGCAAGAAGCCUCCAAGUUCGCGCUGGAGGGAGAACCAAGAGAACGUAGUCCCCCAUAUCGUCAACAUCUACGGAUGCAAAGACUCCACUAUUGUUAUCAAGGGCAAGGUCAACGCCGUGAAUCUCGUGAACUGCAAGGAGACUAGCGUCCUGGUGGAGUCCGUUAUUUCGUCGGUGUCUGUCACGGGCUGCCCAGGCUUUGGGCUGCAGAUCACUGGCAAGGCUCCGACGAUUCAGCUGGACUCGACGGACACGGGCACGAUCUACUUGUCGCCCGAGUGUCUGGACGUCGAAAUCACGACGGCAAAGUGCAGCGCAAUCAACAUCAACGUCCCGAUGUUCCGCACGACGAUUGUUGAUGGGAAGCUGGUGACGACCGCCGUGGAGCAUGCAGGCUGA